AAACUGUAGCGCAAGAAACGGGAAUUGGAACUGCGUGAACGUGUCGGUAUUCUCGGGGACUGACUGAGCUGCAGGGGUGCAAAUCGCGAAGUGCCCCUAGCGACCGACCUCCGUAUUGUGGACUAGAGAGGGCUGAUUAGUCCUAUCAGCCUCGCGUCUUUCACCGUCGGAGUGUGGGCAAGACGCGGCUGAAAAUAGAGGAGCGCGUUCAUGGACGGGCGGAGCGCGUAACGCACAGAGCACUUCGGCUUCCCCGUUGUUCCGUAAACCAGAGGCGGAUUAUCGCAUAGUGGUUUGCGCCAGCUGGUUUCUGCGGGCUUUUCUCUCUCCCCUCCUCCUCCUCCUCCUCCUCUUCUCUCAGCCGCAGGCCCCAUCAGUUUUACAGAAAAAGUGGGUGUCUGCUCACUGGUGUCAAGCAGCGGGCGGCGAGCGCAGAAGUGUCCUCGAUGGCUGGCUGGAAGGACGGCUCGGUGCAGGAGAAAUAUCGGCUGGUCGUGGUCGGAGGCGGCGGCGUGGGGAAAUCAGCCCUCACCAUCCAGUUCAUCCAGUCUUACUUUGUCACUGACUAUGACCCCACGAUUGAAGACUCGUACACCAAGCAGUGUGUGAUUGACGAGAGAGCGGCCAGGCUUGACAUCCUGGACACGGCUGGACAGGAAGAGUUUGGAGCCAUGAGAGAACAAUACAUGAGGACAGGGGAGGGCUUCCUGCUCGUCUUCUCGGUCACUGACAGAGGGAGCUUUGAAGAAAUCUACAAAUUCCAAAGACAGAUUCUCAGAGUCAAGGACCGAGAUGAGUUUCCCAUGAUCCUUGUAGGGAACAAAGCAGACCUUGAGCUCCAGAGACAAGUAACGCAGGAGGAGGGCCAGCAGCUGGCCCGACAGUUGAAGGUCACAUACAUGGAGGCCUCAGCCAAAAUCCGUAUGAAUGUAGACCAAGCUUUCCAUGAGCUGGUUAGAGUAAUAAGGAAAUUCCAGGAACAGGAAUGUCCACCCUCGCCGGAACCGACGAGGAAAGAGAAAGACAAGAGCGGCUGCCACUGUGUGAUUGUCUGAGUAGGCCUUAUCACUGUCACUCAUGCAGCUACCUUCAGUAGACCCGCCCCUUCUGCCUGACGUCACAUCCUUCGCGGAUGACUGAGUGCUGCCUUCUCCACGUGCAUGACUUCAGACGGCGCUUUUUCUGAGAUGCUUCGACCAGGAAUCGCUGCCCCCCCCCCCCCCCAAGGACUUCACUAUAGACAACUGACAAUGCCAAAAUGUUAACACCACUCUACCUUCUGCAGUAAUCUUGAUUCACACGAGAGAGUCCCAACACUAAACAUUGCCUUCUACGUCAUCUUAACAGAUUAAUGUUUUGUAUUUUAAAGGACUUCCCUUUGCCUUGUAGUGACAUUUGUACUUUUGCUGAGAUUGAAUGAGUAUUAUAUAUAUAUGUAUAUAUAUAUAUAUAUAUAUUUAUAUACAUAUAUAUAUAUCCAGAAUGUUGAUGAUUUUUUUAUGUUUUCUUGUGUCUCACCAGAAGAGAGAUUAUCUUAUGAAGCUUUGUGUAUGUUGUGCCAUAUCCAUUUUUACUCCUAUGUGCUAAUCUGCUACUGUACAUAUGUGACAUUUGUUGUGAUUUUAAAAUUGUAUUUCUAAUGACCUAUUAAAUCACCACAGUACAGUGUGUGAGAUUGAGUUUGGUUUUACAUAUAUAAAAAUAAAUACUAUAUAUAACCACGUGAACACACACACACACACACACACACACACACAGAUAGAUAGAUAGAUAGAUAGAUAGAUAGAUAGAUAGAUAGAUAGAUAGAUAGAUAGAUAGACAGGUAGAACUUUUGGGCAUCUACAGUGAAUCCAUAAUUUUCUGUGGAUUCUGCUUUCAUCUCAAUGGCCAAUUAUGAAUGUGUACUGUAAUUGCAUUUUGAAGUCUUAUAAAGUCUUAUAUGUUAAAUCAAUUUCUUAUGCCACCUCUCCAGUGUAGCUAACGAAUCUCCCCAGCAUGCACUUCUCUCUUCUUUCUGCUUGGAGCUAAGUCUCCAGGAGCUAAGUCUCCUCAAGCUAAGUCUCCAGGAGCUAAGUCUCCAUGAGCUAAGUCUCCACGAGCUAAGUCUCCAGGAGCUAAGUCUCCUCAAGCUAAAGCUCCAGGAGCUAAGUCUCCAGGAGCUAAUUCUCCUCAAGCUAAGUCUCCAGGAGCUAAGUCUUCACGAGCUAAGUCUCCAGGAGCCAAGUCUUCACGAGCUAAGUCUCCAGGAGCCAAGUCUUCACGAGCUAAGUCUCCAGGAGCCAAGUCUCCACGAGCUAAGUCUCCACGAGCUAAGUCUCCUCAAGCUAAGUCUCCAGGAGCCAAGUCUCCACGAGCUAAGUCUUCGCGAGCUAAGUCUCCGGGCAGAGUGAACCCUGCGUGCCGCUUUUUUGAGUUUUCACAAAAUCACGAGUUCAUAAUGCAAACAAAAACCAUCUGUAGCACCUUGUGAAGCUUCCAGAAGCACCGUUUCAGAUCAAAAUUGAGCACUGUAUGCAUUAUAUUCAACUUCUGACGAGCAGUGUAAAGAAAAUCCUGUAUAGCGUAGCAAGAAACCCCGAGAGCCAUCAGUCCAGAUGAAUGAAAUGCAUCCAGCGUUGUAGUCCUGCGAUGCAUCCAGUCUCCUGCACAGCCAGUCUAGAACAAAGGUCACCUAACAUCUAGUUUGAAUCUCCUCAUCAACUAUAUCAUCAUUCCAGUGACAGCAGUGUAACUGUUUCAUGUUCUUGAAUUCACAAUUCUUUAUUUAUGUCACAUAAAUGCUUUUUUUCCUUUCCCGCGCCCUAGAUAGAUCUGUCAUGUGGUUUGGAAACCAUGACAGUUAGAAACACUGACCAGUCUCAUGGAAGAUGAGCUCGCUGGACCUAUCACCUGUUACGUAUUCAUCACCAUGGAGACCGCAUACUGUCCAGCUUCACCUUCCACAUCUGCAUUUCCAUUUUGGGCGUACAAGUGAAGUAUUCCCUGUUUUGUUUUUUUGGGUUUUUUUAUACACAUAUAUACAUAUAUAUAUAUGAUCAUUUUGUAAUAUAAAACAAAAAGGAAAUCAGAUGAUGGAAGUAAUGGACUUGAUUAGAUGUUUUUACUCUACUUUUAUACGUUAUUUUCUUAUCAAGCUAGUUGACGAGUAUUUUUCUAUGUUUAUAAGUGCAAACGCUUUUAUGGCAUCGCUGUCUGUAUAUGUAAAGAGCAAUAUUUAAUUCUCUUGAUUGUUUCUGACUGAAGAUGACUUUUGGCCCAAAUUUGCAAAAUCAGAUUCUUCACCCCAAAUGUGAUCAAGAAUGUUUCUUCUCAAAGUGGCUUAGUAAUAAACAUAAAUUUAUAUUAUGGUGUUCACUAUCGGCCUACCAUGAAAAGUGCCAGGUCAGUAGGAUGAGGGUUGUGAGGUGGAUCCUUCUUCUCUGCAUGGGAGCUUUAAAGUCCACAAACCAACUAUUCUGAUCAUGGAGCUUUAAAAGAACCUGCCAACUUGCUGAACAACCUUGUGUGCAUCUUAAUCCUCCUGUGUUCUAUUCUUUCCUUACUUUCUUCAUGUCCACGUCCUUUGCCCCAUGUCUAGCUUCUGGUGCUAUAAUAAAGUCUGUGAUU